AUGGAGGAAGACGAGUAUCAGCUGCCUGCCUCCAGCCUCUCCUCCCCAGACCUGUCCUGGGUGCUGCUCAAGACACCGGAGAAGUCUGGGCUUCUAGAACCGCCGGGCCCCCAGGGUUCCCCCGCCGCCGCGCCUCACCUGCACCCCGCUCCGCCCCGCGCGCGGCUGACCCGCUUUCCGGCCUGCGGGCCCCUGGAGCCUUACCUCCCAGAGCCUGCCAAGCCGCCCGCCAAGUACUUGCAGGACCUCGGGCCCGGCCCAGCGCUCAACGGCGGCCACUUCUACGAGGGCCCCGCGGAAGCUGAGGAGAAGGCCUCCAAAGCUGCCAGCUUCCCCCAGCUGCCCUUGGACUGCCGAGGGGGCCCCAGAGACGGGCCCUCUAACUUGCGAGGCUCACCAAGCCCCUGCCUGGCCAGCUUGCGGGUCCCUCUUUCCCCGGGACUCCCUGACUCCAUGGAGUUGACCAAGAACAAGAACAAGAAGCGCCGUAACCGCACGACCUUCAGCACAUUCCAGCUGGAGGAGCUGGAGAAGGUCUUCCAGAAAACCCAUUACCCUGAUGUGUAUGCCCGGGAGCAGCUGGCUCUGCGCACAGACCUGACUGAGGCCCGGGUACAGGUCUGGUUCCAGAACCGCAGAGCCAAGUGGCGGAAGCGCGAGCGUUAUGGAAAGAUCCAGGAGGGCCGGAACCCCUUCACAGCUGCCUAUGACAUCUCUGUGCUGCCCCGCACUGACAGCCACCCUCAGCUGCAGAACUCCCUGUGGCCCAGUCCAGGGUCAGGGGGCCCUGGAGGGCCCUGCCUUGUGUCUCCAGAGGGCAUCCCCUCCCCGUGCAUGUCUCCAUACUCCCACACCCAUGGGAAUAUGGCUGGCUUCAUGGGGGUGCCAGCUUCCUCCACGGCCCACCCUGGCAUCUACUCCAUCCAUGACUUCUCCCCCUCCCUGGGGGGCCACAGCUUUGAGUCCUCGGACAGCGACUAUAAGUCUCCAAACCUCGUCUCACUCAGGGUGAAGCCCAAGGAGCCGCCCAGCCUGCUGAACUGGACCACGUGAGGGGAUGCGUGGACACACAGACUGAGCUGCCCACCCCCUUUUCCAUUCCCAGCCACUCCCUGCUCACCCUGCCUGGGUGCCACAGAGGACACACCUCUGCCUCCCAGCCCCAGAGGGUUCCAGAGGCCUAGGAGAUCAGUGGGACCUUCAGCCCCCAGCAGGGAACAUGUUACAGGGUCUUUUCUCUUAGGAUAAGGUGGGGCUGCCUAGGAGAAAGGGAGCUUCAAAACAGGUAGGAUUUGUCCUCCCACGAACUGGGUGCUCUCACCCAAACCCUGGGCUGGGGGGAGGGAGACACUGCUUCCUCAAGACUUUGUCCGUCUGUCAUCUCCCCAGCUGAAAUGGCUUAAUUGGCUUCUCAUUCAGGGAACCCAGCAAAAUGGGAGGAGGAGAAGCCAGAUUGAACUGGGAGGAGCUCUUUGUGACAGGGGAAACCAAAAAGAAUCUCUUGUAUGACCACCUGGGGCAGGCCUCUCUCCCACUCCCUACCAUAAGUGGUGUGCACCCAGUGUCUGGCGUUGACCAGGGCCUGGAAGGUGGAGGUCAGCAUGAAAGGUACCAUUCCCCUGCUCCAGCCAUCCCUUACUCCUGCCCUGUGUACCUUCUCCCAACAUGCUAUGGAGUCUUCCUCCCCUCCAACAGUGCAGAAAUGCAACCAAAAACCACCAAAUAUUUAGAUUCUCUUCCAUGGCAUGAGGCCAGAAUUAUGCCAUGGAAACUGUAUUUGAUGUUGGUCAGAAUAAAACAGAUUUUCAGACUCUGAGCCCCUGAGGUCCUGUCCUGACCCCCAUUUUUGUAAAGAUACUUUUGUAAAAAAAAAAUAUGCUGCCCAGCAUAAUAAUAAAGGUGGUAGUGUUUUUUUA